AUGUCCAAUAUAACUUCUUCACCGUUUGUUGAUAAUCCUCAUCUUAAUGAAGUAGUCAGUAAUUACGAAAAGGAAUCAUCUGGCAUAAAUACCAAAAUUUACAUAUCAAAACUAGAAUAUCAAAUCAAAUCAUUUCAAACGGAAAAGAAACUAUGGUCGCAAGAAAAGUCGACUAUCAUCACCAACUAUGAAAACAGCAUUAAGUCAAAAAAUAAAGAAAUUGAAACUUUGAAAUUAAAUGUGGAUUUUUUGUAUAAUGAAAAUGAUCAAUUGAAUUCCAAAAUUGAGAAUUCCAAUGACAUUUCAAUGAAUAAACAAAAGGACUUGAAACUAGAAAUUAAAAAUUUAAAGCAAGAAGUUCACCAAAUUGAAUCAAAAUAUCAAAAUUUGGUGGAGCAAAAUGAUCGACUUAUAAGAAAACAUAGACAAGUAACAUCUGAUUGGAAUACUCAAAUUCAAUUGAAUGAUGAAAUGACUAAACAAUUGAAGCAAAGAGAAGAAACUAUAAAUAACCUACAAAACUCAAAUCAAGAAUUUGUAAAUAAAUUGGAACAAUAUACAGAAAUGUUCAAGAAUGAUGAGUCCUUUUUGAAGAACAAUCAGAUUUUAGUGAACAAAAACAAUAGUCUACAAAAGACCAACAAUCAAUUACAAAUCAAGAUUGAUCAGUUAUUGCAAAAACAUACCUCGGCUGAACUAUUAAAGCAAAAAAAUUUGAAUUUAAUGAAUAAAUUAGGGCAGUAUGAGGAUCUAAAACAGAAAUAUCUGAAGUUAGAAAUGGAAAAAUUACAAAUAGAGUCUAAGUUUAAUACUUAUUUCAAGACUUUGGAAAAUGCAAUUAUCGAUGAUACCACAGAUACGAAAAACAACGCAACUGACGAUACUACGGGAAGUGUUAAAAUAACAAACUUCAUUGAAAAAUUUAAAAUCUUACAGGCAAAUAAUUUGACUUUGAAAGAAAAACUCAACUCCAAAACUGUUGAAGUAAAUGAAAUUAAGAAUGAACUAGAAGAAGCUAGUAGAUUAAUUGAAACAGAGUAUCUACCUAUGAUUGAAUCUUGGCAAUUGAAAAAUGAAAAAUCCGCUAGUCAAAUAAAUGAGUUAGAAAGAGAGAAAAAAUGGUAUACAAUUGAAAUUGAACAUUUAAGAAAACUGUUGAAAGAUUUGGAAGAUAUCCUAAGGUCGAAUGAAGAUUCAAAGCAAGAUAAUAAAACAAUACAACAGUAUGUUACCAAUCUAGAAAAAUUAGUUGAUCAAUACAAGAAUAAACUCGAUGAACAAGCGAAGAUGAUUCAAAAACUUCAACCUCAACAAGCACAACCAAUAUCUGGCACUAAACGUCCUCAUUUGCAAGAUCAUAGUUUCCGAAAAACUGCAUCCGACUUGGAGAAAGAAAAUUUUGACUUAACGUCAAGUAUAAAGAUAUUAGAACAAAAAAAUAAAGAACUAGUUGAACAAUUGGAGUCGUUACAAGCUAUCAACGUUCAUAAAGAAGCAAACAGGGUUUUAGAAUUCAAAAACAAUUUGCUCGCAAAAGAUCAGUUUAUUAAAAAAGAAACAUUAGAUCUUUUGCGAAAAGAAAAUGAAUCUUUAAUAAAUACAUAUAUUAGUGGAAAAAGUGAUAAAGAUAUGAUACCAAAAUCAUUGUUCAUACGUCAAGAAGAUGAUAAACAACAACUACAAACUCAAGUUGAUCAUUUAAGCAAAAGAAUACAAAGAUUGAGGGAAGUUUAUACCGAAAAAUCGAAAGAAAUUUUAAAAAUUAUAUCAAAGUAUUUUGGGUAUAGUAUUGAAUUUUUGCCGAGUACAACUAACUCAAACGACUUAUCAUCAAGGUUAAAAUUGGUAUCCAAAUAUGAGAAACUAAAAAACAAUCAAAGCAAUAGUUAUUUAAUUUUGGAUUUUGAAAAUAAAUCCUUGAAAGCAUAUGGUGAUCAUGAAUUUAAAUCGCUUUGUGAAGAAUUGGCAAACGAAUGGGUUUCUAAAAAUCAAUUCCCUUGCUUGUUGAGUGCUUUGAAUUUGAAACUUUACGAAAACUUCAAAGAGGUAUCUUCAAAUUUGUAA